UAUAUGCUACAUGAUUUUUUCACUUACGUAUACCCCCCUGUAACCGAGAUCAAGAUAUAGAAUAUUUCCAGCACCUCAUAAAAACAAACAAACAAACAAACAAACAAACAAGAAAGCCUUUAAAAUCAGAGCAGUAACCAGAAACAGGUUAAGGAAUGUCGAAAGCUGGCUGGGCAAUGGGAAGGCUGGAUUCGGGAGAGCGUAUUAGGUAAAAAUAAGACAAACACACAAACCCGACUUUUAUCUUCUUUUAGUGGUGGGUGUAGAAUGCUGUGCAUUCACAUUCAUUAUGGCCAUCUAUCCUCACAAUGAUUCUGCGACAUAGUCAAGAUUUAACCCUCUUUUGCACGUGAGGAAGUAGAAACUUGUUCAGCGUUUCCGAGGACAACAUGCCCACUACAAACAGGAGAGAAAAAUAACUGGAUCUCUUGAAUUUGCGCUGCAGAUCCAGCCACGUGGCAGAGGGAACGCGGGGGAGGGAGAGAGAAAGGCCCGGAGUCAGGUUACUAGACAGCGUGGCUCUACCAGCUCAUUGGUAGGCGUUCCAGGGCCAGGUAUAAAGGCUCAGGCCGGCUGUCGCUGGACCCCUGUACUGAACUGUGCGGCGCGCACUUUCAACUUCGUGGAGGCCGCGCGCUCUUCCCGCUCCCGGCUCCAGGCAGAACGGUUCCGAGACCCAUCUGACGCUGGACCUCAGGUACAUUAGGUGAGCCACAUUGCCUUGCUUAAUUCUCCCGGGGACUUGUCUGAGGCUCUUAAUCCCAAAAAAGAGAGACUAAGAAGAAUGUCUGGGAUGGGAUCUUUUAAUUUUCUCUGAGGACUAGGGUGCAAUAAUCCAAGGAUUCAGAAAAUAAUUGCACAAGCGCCUGUUGGCAUCGGGACAGCACGCGAGGCCAACGUUUUGAGAGUCUCCGCCUUAGGCCAGCGAGGGCGGAUCGAGAUUAAAGCAAUAAACCCCAAAGUAUACACGACAACAGAAUAAAGACAGGACAAAAGAAGAACGAUUGGUUUUCAAUCUCGGAAACACAGUUUGCAAUAGCAGCGUGAGGGGGGAGAUUGUCUUGUCCCAGGGGAGGCAGGAGAAAGCACCCCAAAAGUAGAACGAGACAGGAAUGGAUACGUCCUGCAAGGCUCUCUCUGACGAUCAGUGUGCGCUUGUGCAUUGCAGGCUGCCCAGCUCCAGCAGAUCCGUCACCUGCCUCUUGAUGUGGUGCCUGGAGCGGCUCUGCUUGGAUCCCCAGCGCCUCCUGCGGGGCAGGAACCGGCGUCUCCAGGGUCAGGCCCGCCGAACCACUGCCACCAAGCCCGUCGCGUGUGCAAACGUGCUCACCCCAGACCGCAUCCCUGAGUUCUGCAUUCCCCCGCGACUCGCGCCCUGCAGGGCUCUGGCUGCACUCAGAGACUCCUGGGGCAAAGAAGGAGGGACAGACGACGGUGCCGGGCGCACGGACUGGGACCCGCGCUCGCAGGCCGCGCUCUCGCUGCCGCACCUGCCCCGCGUGCGCACCGCCUAUGGCUUCUGCGCGUUGCUGGAGAGUCCGCACACCCGCCGCAAGGAGUCCCUUUUCCUUGGGGACCCCGGCGCCUCUGCGCUCCUGCAACCACCCGCCUUCAAGCCCACGCUCCUCACUCGGUCCCAUACGUACCACGGUGGAGGAAACACCCGCAUUGUGCCCCCGGGCGGAGCUUCCGCCGCCGCCGCCCCUGUGGACCCCGGCAGCCCUCGCCCGCCCUGGAACACUCUUGCCCUGAGGUCCCGCGGCCGCCGCCUCCUGCGCGCCCCUGAAGUGCUGCUGAGCCGCGCGCUGCGGGCCCGGAGGAGUCGUGGCUUGGCCCGCGCCCGCUCCGUGUCCAGCGGCGACGAGGACGAGGAGCACGGCGGGGGCUCCGGGUCCCCGGCCCGGGACCCCUCCGCGUCCCCUCCUCCGCCCCCAGGCCCGCAGCCCGAGCGCCUAGAGGCCGAGGGCACAGUGACUCUGGGCCGCGCCGGCGGCGCCCUGCGCCUGGCCGCCGAGUACAGUCGACGGAGCGGCCGCCUCCGCAUCCGGCUGCUCCGCGCCGAGGGCCCGGCUGAAGGAGCUGCUGAGUUCCCCGCCGUCGGCUGCCGCGUGAGCUUUGUCCUGCAGCCGCCGGGCAAGACGCACCAGAGGCGCAGCGCGGUGGUCCGCCGGAGCUGCAAGGCGGUCUUCGACCAGGACUUUUGCUUCGACGGGCUCUCGGAGGACGAGGUGCGCUGCCUGGCGGUGCGCGUCAAGGCCGAGAACAAGGGCCGCGGCUUGGAGCGGGGCCGCCUGCUGGGCCGGGGCGAGCUGCUGCUGGGCUCCCUCCUGCUGCUCUGAGGGCACACAGGUCUG